AUGUCGAAUCGAGAUAUCUUCGAAAAACCUGGCAAGAAGGGGCUUCCUUGCAAUCCUGGCUUCGUGAUCCGGAAUGAAUGGAAAAAGUCGGACAAAGCAGCGGACAAGUCGGAAAACCUGAUCAAAAUCAACAACUACACGGACAUUCAAAGAAACAAGCUCGACAAGUUAUUCGAAAACGUGGACAAGCCGGUCAGCAUUCCCGCCAAAAAGGAGUGGAAGUUGCGCGAUCCCGAUGCUACUCAAAACGAAUAUGUCCGAAAUGUGAUGGGUUCUAGCGCCGGUGCGGGCUCUGGAGACUUCCAUAUCUAUCGCGGUAUCCGUCGCCGAGAAAACCAACGAGAAGGGUACAGAAGAGCGAUGCAAAAAGCCGAAGACGACAAAAAAGAAUUCAACGAUUGGUUGGAGAAAACUAGAACUGCCGAAGCCGAAGCCACCAAAAAGAAAGCGGACAAGCGAAAAAAGAAGAAAGCAGCGAAAAAAGCGGCGAUCGAAGCCGCCAAAAAAGCGAAAAAGAAAGCCGCGAAGAAAAAACAAGCCGGAGAAAACGGCGAAAAAGAGGCUGAAUCUGAAGAGUCCGAGGAGUCGGAAAACGAAGAAGAGCCCGCUUUAAAAGUCGCAAAACCUUCCGUUGAAAUCGAAACAGCGCCGGUCAUUUUCAAACCAAAGAUACUCGACUCUGAAUCUGCCAAUCCAGAAUAG